UUUUUUUUUUUUUGGUGACAGCGACACUUUCUCCGGAGUUUGGAUUGGCACCGGAGUCCAAACCAAAUCUCCUGGACAUUUCUUCAUGUAGAGCGCUGAGUGGAACCUUUCCCCGCGUGGGACCCUGACAGUUUUGGAUCUCUUAAUUUCACGGCUAUCGCCUUCUAUGUGUAACAAGAGGGACAUAAAUCUGGGAAAAUCUGAAAUCCCCAUCAGGAGGAACUGUAUUUCCAAGAGCUUCUAGCUGCGAAUGAGCGGAGUAUUCAUGAAGCAAUAUCUGAACUAUUACAAGAUGAGGCUGAGAACAUCGAGGUUAGGUUAUCUGUUACUCCAGUUCACGGCGCUUUGCUUUUACGCACAGGACUCUGUGCAGUCACCUCCUAACUUCAAGCACCAUGUCACCGAGCAGAGCCGCCUGUCGGACCGCAUGAGCCGCCGCUUGACCCGCACCUACCAGCUGUACAGCCGCACCAGCGGCAAACACGUCCAGGUCCUGGCCAACAAGAGGGUCAACGCCAACGGAGACGACGGAGCGGUGCACGCUAAACUGGAGGUGGAGACAGACUCCUUUGGAAGUCGCAUUCGCAUUAAAGGGGUGAAGACAGGAUAUUACAUAUGCAUGAACAAGCGGGGGAAGCUGAUUGGCAAGCGGAAAGGACGUGGCAAAGACUGCAUCUUCACCGAGAUUGUUCUGGAAAACAACUAUACGGCCCUCCAGAACGCCAAGUACGAGGGCUGGUAUAUGGCUUUCACACGCAAGGGCCGUCCAAGGAAGGCCUCCAAGACCAAGCAGCAUCAGAGGGAGGCCCACUUCAUGAAGCGUCUGCCCAGGGGACAUUUGCUGAGUGAGAGGAGGCCGUUUGAUGUCCUUCCUCUCCCUGUCCCGGUGCACCCUUUCAACAAGCGGACUAAACAUUCCCAUCAGCAGCAGCGCUCUGGGGGCCGCUGAGGACUCAGACCACUGAUGGAGAACUGUGGUUGAACCAGCACAAGAACCACUACCAGAGGAAACAAGUGCUCCCACACCGUACAGUCAAGUGCCCAUACACUUUUUGCCUCAUUUUGUGGACUUGUUAUGUAAUUCUUUGUACUGGAUUGUGUGUAAACAAUCUAAUAUCUAAUCUGCUAGUUAUUUCCAAUUCAGUCAAACUUUAGGAAUGUGUUUUUCUUCUCUAAUCAGGGGGCAUUUACAGAACUGAAGAGCUCAACUACAUUGCCAUGAACCUUUGGUUAGGAGUUAGCCUGCUCAGCAACAAAGAAUGUUUAAAAAAAAGAAAAGAAAAAAAAAAAAAGGAGUACAAUGAAGCUAGACACGGCAGCUAUCUGUGGAUUUCUUUUCUUAAGGUCACAGCGUAUGAGUCUCAGUUGACAUGCUAUCUCGCCUGUAGGAGGAUUUUGGUGAAAUUUAACCUUGUUUUUUUGUUGUUUUUUUCUACAUAUAUAAAUAUAUUUUUACUGUAAAAAUGUAAAUUGUGUCAAAUGAUGGAAAAUAUUUAUUGUAGAGUGUAUAUUAAAACCACUAAAGAAUCA